AUGAUUCAGGCUUUUUUGCAGCGGCUUGCUCGCUGGCUUGACAGGCCACUCUUCCCGUGGAAGAAGCUGGUCAUCGGCUUCUCCCUCGCCGAGUUCGCCCUCGAGAACUGGCUUCUCUUCCGUCAAUACCGCGUCUUGCAGAGGGACAAUGUUCCGAAGGCUCUGGAAAAGGAAAUCGACCGGUCCACCUUCGACAAGUCGCAGGCAUACGGCCGCGCAAAGGCAAAGUUCAGCUUCGUGUCCGGUCUUUUCAACCAGCUCAAGUCCAUCGCUGUUCUCUACUUCAAUGUCUACCCCAUCGUCUGGGGCGUCGCAGGCACCAUCCUCGCUCGCUAUGCUCCCGCUCGCUUCUCCGGCGAGAUCUCGCAGUCACUACUCUUCGUAUACCUCUUCGGCCUGAUCGACCUUGCUGCCGGGCUUCCGUUCUCCUACUACCAUAGCUUUGUGCUUGAGGAGAAGUUUGGCUUCAACAAAAUGACGGUCAAGCUCUGGAUUAUGGACAUGAUCAAGGGGCAGGCACUUGCUAUUGCAUUUGGCAUUCCAAUUGGCAGUGCCUUUUUGGCCAUCAUCAAGAAGACAGGACAGAGCUUCUUCUACUACCUGUGGGUGUUCAUGCUUGUGGUCCAGAUCUCGGCCAUGACCAUUUACCCAAUUCUCAUCGUCCCCAUGUUCAACAAGCUUGAGCCGCUCAAACCCGGGAAGCUGAAGGAGUCUGUCGAGGCCCUUGCUUCUCGACUCCAAUUCCCACUCAGCGAGCUUCAGGUCAUCGAUGGUAGCAAGCGCAGCGCUCACAGCAAUGCGUAUUUUACGGGUUUGCCGUGGAUUGGCAAGAAGAAGAUUGUCAUCUACGAUACCCUGCUUGAGAAGAGCACCGAGAAAGAGGUUGAAGCUGUCCUGGCACACGAGCUCGGUCACUGGAAGAUGAACCACACAUCCAGACUCCUGUUCAUCAGCCAGGCACAUAUGUUUUACAUAUUCGCCCUCUUCUCUGUGUUCAUCAAUAACCAGUCGCUUUACGCAGAUUUUGGUUUCCACCUGGAGCAGCCCGUUAUGAUUGGAUUUUUGCUGUUCAACGAGAUCCUGUCACCCACGGACUCGGUUAUUAAACUGCUUCUGAACGUCUGGACGCGUAGUAUGGAGUACGAAGCAGAUGCUUUUGCUGUGAAGCUGGGCUACGCUGGGGAACUCGGCGCUUCGUUGAUCAAGCUCCAGGUCCAAAACCUUUCCAGCAUGGACGCUGACUGGUUCUACUCUAGCUUCCAUCACUCGCAUCCCAUCCUGACGGAGCGUCUGAAAGCUAUGGGCUGGAAGGGAGACAAGAAGGUCACGGCGGACAAGUCGGCGGACGAGGAGAAGCCAUUGAAGGCGGCUGACAGGGAGCUCUAG